CUCUAAUGGAUGGAUCGCCAGGUCUGGAUCUAUUUCUGGAUCAUUCUCCGAUCCUCUCUCUGAAUCAGAUGCUACACUACCUCUUCCCUGAAGCAAUUCCAGACGAUGAGAUGAGGAUGCUGGAGAGGAGAUCUCCUCUCCCUGCUCCUUAAGCUUCUAUUCCAUUCCCCUUGUGUUCCACAUUCUUGCAGAUGCUCAAUGGUGAAACAUACACACACUUUGUCUUUUGUUGUUCUGCUCAUCCACGUGUUUCUAUCACCAGCGAUCGACCAACGAGUGUGAUUCACCGAUUUAGAGUUCGAAUCAGUGUUGAUUUUUAGAGAGAUUUGUGCCGUACCAAUCAUACAUGAAAAUAUUAACUCCAAACAACAGUUUUACUUCCUUCAUUGUAUUUCUAAAUAAGAAAUAUUUAUCAAUUUAGAGUUUGGAUCGGUGUCGUUCUUAGAAAGAUUUGUAUCGUGCAAUUCAAAACUCAUAAUUCAUCAACUUGUACACGCUUGAUUGUAUUUCUAAACAAGAGACAUUUAUCAAUUUAGUGAUUGAAUUAGUGUCAUUCUUAGAAUACUUUGUGUUUUGUGCCAACCACUAAUUCUACAUUAAAGAGCUCCGAUCUAUAGCUAAUCAACUUGUACAGGCUUGAUUGUAUUCCUGAAUAAGCUCUUUUUGUCCAUUUAGAGUUUGGAUCAAUAUCAUAAGUUUUAUGUUCUUUGCUACAUGAAACAUAUGAAAUAUAAACUUUAAUUCAUCAAAGUAACUAGUUUGUGUUUGAUUGCAUUUCGGAACAAGCAACGUUUGACUACACAGUACUGCGUCUAAACAAUAAUUUUGUUUCACUUAUUUCAUCCCUCCCCGCCAAUCACUAAGAAAUAAUCCGAGAUCGCUUCUAUAGUUUUAAAAGUUCUCAAUAAUACUUGGUAGUUGUUUUUAAUUUAAAGAAUGUAUGAAUGUUUAUAUCUAUGAAGCUUUGUUUACGGCUAUUUUAAUUUCAUCGCAAUUUUGACAAUUACGAAAAAAAAAAGUCAACCUAACCGCAGUGAAUGGAAUUUCUGUCAUUUGUUUUGACAAUUUAAAAAGAAACCUGAUAAUUUUGUUUGACGGAAACGGAAGUGGUACUGGACUAUAUGGAAGACACAACUCAAUUCAAACAGCCGAUGGUGGUCUUCAAAACGUGGUUUUGUGUUUUGUGAUUAACUUAUGUUACAAUGAUCUUACCUGUUAGGCGUGGAAUCUAUUUUUUAUUAUGUGUUGCGAUCAUAUUUUUUGUUCUAUCACUCUAAUUUUACCGUCUUUUUACUGUGAAAUAUCGUCUUGAUCAUGUUCAGAAUCAUGUCGUAAAAAAAACGUUGUAAACAUUCCCAUUAAGUGGACCAAAAUUCGAAUAUCGGACCUUUACUUUUUGGUUUUUUUCAUUCACAACUUUAUCUGUGACUUAUUGAUGACUAAACCAUCUAAUGCGAGAUUGUGACUUGUCGGCCAUGUUGGACUGUGAAGACGGCGAAAAAGAAGUGAACUCCAAUUGCAAACAUUGCGAAGCCAGUGGAGAAAGUCAGAAAUCACAGAGCUAUUGGAACAUUUCUCUGGACUUGGAUCUGUUACAAACAAUCGUCAAUUUUUACCCAGAGUGGUUCAAAGACUGCAACAUGAAUGCGGUUGCUGAGGGCAAAGAUACGGACUCCAUGUGUCUCACCUCCGCUGACCUAAAAAAUUCUAUCAAAUUACAAAACGGCGACUCUCUACACAGGCUUCUAGACAAGAACAAAGAAUCUCUAAAAUCUCCUCCAGCAUUCCAUGAACAUAGGCAAAAGUUAGUAAAAGCAAGAAUAGGUAGUAUUUUAAAGCAUAAACUUCCAAAAGAGCUUGACAAGCAUGAUAUAAUUCAGCAAGCACUUGAAGAAUCUGCCAAUGAUUCUAGUUUUCAAGAAAGACAAAAGCCCGUCAAGAAAUCUUCUAGAACGGAAUCUGUACACAACCGAUAUUCACACAACUCAGCAACAUUAGAAUUAGUCAAAGAAAAUAUUUUUUCUGAUGAACUGUUGGCAAAAGCAGUUCGAGAAAGUGCAUUGGCCUUCAAGAGACCAUGUAACACACCUUCUCCGAAAAUGAGGUUAGGCCUGGACGACGAUAGCUGUAGCGACGAUAUAUUCUCGCCAUCUCCCCCUUACGAACUAAACGAACAUUCCCAGGGCAGUUUGCCGUCGCUGGAGGCAAGUGAACCCUCUCCGAAUCCCAACCAGGGCUCUCCAUGUUCCGGGAUCACGUCCUUUUCCCUGUCACCUCCUAGCUCAGUGUCAUCUCCACUGUCCAUCCUUCCAGCCGUUGUUUCACCUCAAUCGACGCACGACCACAUCGCCGAAUAUAUUGUCCACAUGCAACAGCCACAGAAUUGUGUGAAAGAGACCAACAAAAACAGGAAGAAGACGAAGCCAAAAACGCAGCCAAAAGCGAGAACAAUCAAAUUCCACGAAUACAGGGGUCCACCGAAUGCGAAAAAUGGCUCGUCCACCUCCAGUAGUAUAUCAGAGUCACCGCCUGAGCUCAACUUCCAGCAGCGACAACUUUUUCUAGAGUUACAAAGCGCAUUCCACCAGUCCCGUCCUCAAGUCUUUGUUAGUCAGAAAAGUACAGGGGACCAAACAGGACAAUCCAAUCAAAAGCCAAUUCCAUCCAACAAUCAGACCGAAUCACAAAGUUCAUCGUCGCAGAAACUAAUUUCAAAUUUUGAAGAUUUAAAAGUGAGCGACCUCAGGGCAGAACUGAAAAAGAGGAACUUACCCGUAUCGGGAUCCAAGCCUCAACUCAUCGAAAGACUGAAAUCUCACAACCCUUCAUCAAACGACUUGGUGGCAUCUUCAGGUCAGACGCUGGAUCCCUCGGAUGUGAGUGCGAUAAGUGUCGACAGCCUGCUUCUCGACAACCUAAACACCAUUCCAGUGUCCGGCACACCUCUCAGUGCCGAUAAUGUCAAAGACUUUUUGAGCGCCCUGCCAACCGACGCCCUCUCUUCAGCCCUCAUAUCACUGGAGGACGAUGCCAUAGACCUCGGAGACAUCGGCAACUCUUUCACCUCACUCACCAACGAAGAAAUAGUUCAACUUCAACAGAUCUGCAUCGAGAGGUUAACGAGGGAUCUAGAGAGAUCCAAAAGAAAAUUACAAGAAUGUCAACAACCUUUAAUAACAACCACAACUGCAAAACCAUCCCAAGCACCAUCUUUGGUCACAAAAUCCUCCUCCCAAUCCAGCAAUAAUAAUUUUAGAAAUGGAGAAACAACAGUGGGUAACAAUGAAAACAAAACAGCACAGAAGCAGAUCAUACAACAGCUCCUGCAACAAAAAAUACAGAGACAAGAACUGGAACAACAGAAAUCUCAGAGACAGCAAAGCACUUCUAAUGGAACUCCUGUGUCUUCUUCCUCCUCCUCCAAUCCAAACUCCACUUUGACGGCUCUUCUCAAGAGUGGACCCCUGAAUGUCGACAUUGAUCUGGUCGCAAAAACUUUAUUUCCUCCGUCAUCCCCCGUGAAAAAAGAAAAGACUGAUUUCCUCAAUCCAGAACAUACCUUCAAUGGUAUUGUGGAGGAAGAUUAUCCCGGUGUUAUACCGAUAUUUUCCAGCACAUCCGACACAGUGACAACAAGUACGACCGUCAUCUCGCCACCUAACGUUCUCACAAACAGGUCAUCUUCAUUACCUAGUUUCUCCGCAUUGUGUAAGCCUCCACCUACACGAAGUAACACCGAUCCUCAGUUUCAAAUAUCGAGACCCCCUCCUGAUUACGACGCAGCCACGAGGCACCUCAACAAGGUUAAACAGCAGCAUCCCGUGACGGGAGAUGAUGGAAAUCCGCGCCAUCCUAAAAAACACAAAACAUCUGUCAAGAGUCAAGCCGUAGACGAUGUCCUAGCAGUACUCAUAGCGAGUGGAGAUCUACCUCCCAGUGCAGCUGAAGAGCCAACAUCAGCCUUGACACCCCUAUCAAACAAUGGAGACUCCAUUCCACUGUAUCAAACAUCCAUUGCCUCAGGUGAUGUCUUUUUUUCUAAAGCGUCCACUUCCUACCUCUCGACAACGGUCAACUCAAUGGACGGUCCCAACUCCCCUGACAUCAACCUGGCACAAUCUGUGAUGGACAUGACUCCACCCUCAUCCGCUGGAUUUGGGGAGACAGGAUGCUCGACCACAGCCUCACUGGACUUUGGUCCCCUUCUGGACUUGAACGAUAUGGACUUGGGACUGGACGGUGAUGAUCAAGUAUCCUCCACACUGGACCCAACUCUGACCAUAUCCUUGCCUCAAGAACUCCGAGCCUCCUUGGAUUAUGGGGUUAAUAAAUCAAGUGUCAACUGCUCUUUGAAAUCUAUAAACGACAAAGGGACCGAAAACGACAUCAUCGAUUGGCUGCCAAUACACAGUGAAAGUUCCGCUCAAUCAUCAACAUCAAACAACUUUCAGAAUUCGUCUUCAUCAUACUCCCUAUCUUGUGAACCAGACUCUUUAUUCCCCAAUGGUCAAGACACUUUGGACUUCCUCGGUGAUGACAUGGACUUUAAUUCGCCGAACGAUUUGUUUUUCCCUUGGGGGGAGAAACCAGACUUUACCUAAAUGAAUAUGCCAUAUCAUUUAAAUGCUCGAGAUCGAACACUGAAUUCAUCUUUUGCUGGCUUUUCGCUGAUUCACCACAAACCUCUGUUGAAUUGAAACUUCAUAAAAAUUAUCGUUCCUCAUAUCAAUCCUUUGAUGAUAAUAAAGUUUAUACUGAUGAUGGAAGAGAACCCAUUUAAAGACGAUGGUUUGUCAUGUGCCAUAUUCUAUUGUGUGCCUUAAUUUAUGUGUGGACAGCGAGGGGACACCAAGGACAGCAUGUCCGUCGCUUACAAGAAAGAUUGGACCAGAUAAGAUUCCCUCCUAAAUUGUGCCGCCCUAUGUGUUGUAUUAUUUUUGAUGUGGUUUGCAUCAUUUAGGAGCUUGUGGACCAAUAGAGCUUUAUCACAUUUUUUUUUGUAUUUACAAUUAAGUAUAAGGGGAUACUUAAUUCAUGUCCAAGAAAAAAAAAUGCCAAAUUUUUGAAUAUGAUGUUUUGAAUACUUGAAAUAAGGCUUUUCUUUUUCAAUGUUAUUCCUACUGAAUAUGCCUUUCUGUUUGAAAAGUUGUUAAAAAAACAACACCUUUAGCAAAAGUUCUAUUUCUUUUUUUUAAAGCCCACAUUUAUAUUAGAAAUUUAGUGUCUUGACAAAUUUUAAAAACAUACAGUAAGAUUUUACCUAUUUGACUGUUAACCGUAAAUCACAUGUCUUUAGACUUCUUAAAUUUUCAUUUGGUAUGAGGAGUGACUAAGUACUCAGACCACAAACAGGAAUUUUUUUUUUAAUUCAGACUUACUAGCCACAACAUCAUUGUGGUAUUUUUCAAAUAAUAUAAAUUAUAAAAAAUAAAAAAAAAUUCUCCAAAUAAUAGAAACUUUUAACACUAACAUUUUACACCCCUUGACGCAUGCAUGUUCUGAUGUAAUUCAGGUUUCCCACUUAUUUUUAGAUAUAAAAUUCCCUGACUUUCCUAGGUUUUCCAAGAAAUUCCACUUUACAUUUUUGCAAUAUUUCAUGCAAAAAAAGUUUUUUUUUAUUCAAUAAGCAAUGAAACUUACUUUGUCACAGAAAAUAUGUCAAAUGCUACAGCUUUGCAAAAAACAAAAUUUUAGUACUUGAUUUAACUAUUGAUAAAAUCAAUAUUUUGCACAAAAACUGGGGAAAAUUUUAAAAAAUUCAACGUAUAGUUUAUGAAGAGUCAGUUAUAAGAGAUUUUACUUACAAUUUAGAACCAAAAUUAAUGUAUACAGAAAGUUUAAUAAAAAAUUAAAAAUUAUAGUAUUAUUGAACUGAAAAAAGAAAUUUGAUAACCAAGUAAUUUUUAUUUAUUAAUAA